UAAGUUUCGGUGCAACAGUGGCGCAUUCUUUGCGCGCCUUGAGUAGCCGCGUAAAAACGAACGGCUCCUUUGAAAAAACGAAGAGUGCGAUAAAUCCUUCACUGUCCAGUGGAUGCAUGCAUGCAUGCACAGCACCAGCAGUAGCAGCAUGCGGUCUGAGCGACGGGGGAGAACGAGAAAAACAAACCGGGGUUUUGUUGCUGUGCGAUCGGAGUAACUCGCACGUGUGCAUCGCCGACGAGUGUGGUGGUGGAUGGACAAGGAUGCCUCCAAGCGAGACCUGCAACACUGCUGAUGUCAAUCGGAGUGAAACGAGAUGUAGCAAAGGGGAACAAAUCGAGCAAAGUGGGCUUGACCGAGAGGCCACGGCUCGAGGGAUGAAGGGAAGAGAAGGGAGGCGAUUCUUUGUUCAGCCACGCAAAAUGCGGAUAUAUGAGUGAGUGGCGACGCGGUCUGCACGGCUCUUUAGGGUCCGCUUCCUGCAACCAACGAUUUCUCUCCCCCCCCCCCCCCCCCCCCUUACUUCGCACCCCCAGCGAAUGACCAGUGCGCGGCCCCAACGAUCCGGGGCACCAACUCUACUAUGGUAAUAACGGAUUACCAGGAUAUACGAGGAUACGCAAAGUCCGGAAUCGCUUUGGUUUACUUUCGGGGUGAAAAGGACGGUACUCCGCGCUUAUGGCAUAAAUUGAAAACCGACUACAAGGCGUUUCAUUAUUGACACUCGUCUUUUUUGUUUCAUCUUAUUGUAUCGGUGAGCUUCAUUGGUUCAGCUUAAAUCGAUCUCUGCAUUUUCUAUCUACU